AUGUCUACCAAGCUCGUCCCUCUCGGCAGAAAUGGUCCAAUGAUUCCCCACCUCGGUUUCGGCACCAUGGGGUUGACAUUUCAAGUGUACGGCCCAGUCGCCAGCGAUGAAGAACGCUUCGCUGUGCUUGAUCGUGCUUACGAACUAGGAGCCAGAAGUUGGGAUAGCUCUGAUAUAUAUGGUGACGGCGAGGAACUCAUCGGCAAAUGGUUGAAGCGCACUGGAAAAAGAGAUGACAUCUUCCUCGCAACGAAAUUUGGGUUCAUUAAGGGAGAUCCAGCUUUCAAGGCCAACAGUUCGGCGGAGUACUGUAAAGAGGCUUGUGCCGAGAGUUUGAGACUUCUUGACAUUGAUUACAUCGACCUCUACUACAUGCAUCAUGCCGACCCCAAAGUCCCCAUCGAAGAAACAAUGAGAGCUUUGGCCGAGCUCCAAAGAGAAGGCAAGAUCAAGCACAUUGGUCUUUCGGCAGUUUCAUCAGCCACUCUCCGCAGAGCAGUCAAGAUCGCUCCAGUAGCGGCAGUCCAAACUGAUUAUACACCAUUCGCGCUGGACAUUGAGAAAUCGUCUGGAACCAACCUCCUCGCAACCUGUCGCGAGCUAGGUGUUGCAGUUGUUGCCGCGAUGCCGCUCGGUCGAGGUCUGCUGACAUCCACAUUCGCAGCUGGAGAGUAUGCUGCCGUUCAGGAUAUGAGAACGAAAGCCAUGCCAAGAUUUUCCGAAGCCAACCAGGAUGCGAAUGUGAAAGUGGUUAAUCAGUUCAAGACUUUGGCUGACAAAAAGGGGUGCAGUGUUGCACAAUUGGCUAUUGCUUGGCUGCUGAAGCAGGGUGACGAUAUCAUUCCGAUCCCCGGCACCAAGCGUGUCAAAUAUCUAGAGGAGAACUGGGCUAGUUUGAAAGUACAGUUGACAUAUGAGGACGAGAAAGAAAUCCGGGAGUUGGUGGAAAGUGCAAAAAUUGCUGGUAAAGCUUUGCCAGAGGGCUUUGCAGAUGAUCUGAUGUUCAGAGACACUGCAGAGGAAUCUUGA